AUGAUUCCUAGCAGCGAUUAUGAAGUCAGCAUUCAUAAGCUUGAAGGACCUGAGGACUGGGCUAAAAGGAAAUGGCAUAUUUCUAUAGUGCUGCUUUCAUAUGGACUAAAAGAUAUUACUAACGGUACGCGUGAAUGUGUAGAGUUGCCGCAAGAUGCGACAAGUGCGCAAAGAGAAGCGUAUGUGGAAUGGCACAAGGACGACGCAAAGGAAGCAGGUCUUAUAGCAAGGGCGCUGAGUGGACUUGUUGCAGAACUCGUCUUAACGUGCAAGAAUGCUAAAGAAAUCUGGGACAAAUUACGCGCCCGAUUUGAACGUAGCAGUACUCAGCGUUUGAAUAUGUUGAUUGAAAAAUUUUUCCGUGUUAAACGUGAUGAAACGGAAGAUAUUAGUGCACAUGUGGCCAAACUACAAAAGUUAUUUGUGGACCUGAACGAUGAAUUAGCAAAACAUGAAGAAAAUACUCUAUCUGAAAGAAUCUUAAAUGGUCGAAUUUUGUCUACACUGGGAAAAGACUACGACAAUUUUAAGGGUCUCUGGGAUACGAUACCGACAGAAAAGCAAAGCUUGAAUUUAUUAUUUGAAAAACUCUGUACUAUUGAACUGCGUGAACAAGACAUUAAUGGAAGUGCAGCUUUCGUCGUUUCUAAAACAAGAAAACGGCAAACAAGUAAUCAGCAAGUAGAUGACUAA